UAUAGCCUCCUCUCCACUAGGUUAAGUGAGACAUGGGCUUCUCAAGUUUUGGGCCUUUUCUCCACAUAGGAAGGGAGUCCAAUACCCAACAGUUUGCAUUGACUUGAUACUACUGGAAAAUCAACUUCCAUUCUUUGUUCUUGAACAACUUUACAACCUCACUGGUAUGAAUGAGAAAUUACUCGACAUUACUUUCGACUAUUUUGAGAGCGGAAACGUGUGUCCAAUAGAGAGUCCAAAACACUUCACUGAUUUGAUAAGAUCUUCUAUAAUAUCAUCAUCAGAGCUUGGUCUUGGAAAACCCGAAGAAGGCAAAGAAGUUAAUCAUGUAUACAGUGCAAGUCAACUAAUGGAGGCAGGUGUUAAGUUCAAGAUCAGUCCAAAUAAAAGCUUACUUGACUUGAGCUAUUCUAAACGUGAUGGAGCAUUGAGCAUGCCAAUCUUGAAUAUAGAUGACAUUACAGAAGUUUUGUUCAAGAAUAUGAUGGUAUAUGAACAAUGCCACCCUUCUGCUGGAGACAUCAUUAGACAAUAUGUAGAAAUUCUUGAUUUUCUUAUCAAUACUGAAAAAGAUGUGGACAUACUUGUUAACAAGAAAAUUAUUGUCAAUUUGACGGGUGAUGCUAAUAAAGUGGUUACAGUGAUUAAUAAUCUCACCUCAAAUAUUCCUACGCCAGAAUUCAAUUCACACUAUUUCUCCAUCUGCAAUAGUUUGAAUGAAUUCUAUGAUAAUCCUCGAAACAAGUAUAAGGCUAUCUUCAUACAUGAGUACUUCAACACUCCUUGGAAAAUAGCAUCUACAAUUGCUGCAAUUGUGCUACUUUUGCUCACCUUUAUUCAGACCGUGUGUUCAAUCCUCUCACUAUUUUAGGGUAAUUAAUGAGAUAUGGUUGUUAAAUCAGGAACAAGAACGUCAGUUAAGAGAAGAAGACGUCGAUCCUUGUAUCUGAUUGUCUAAGUUGUAUUUGUAAGAGAAUCUUGUAACAUUAUUCACUUUGUUGUUCCUUUUCUUUCCACAAAACAAAGAUUCAACUUUAUAUUCUAAUUUUUCUACUUUGUGCUUAACUUUAUUUACCUUUUAUCCACUACGAACUUUAC